AUGGCUCCUCUCAUCCUACACAAUGUCCCCGACGAGGAGCAGUACAUCGGCGAGGAUGGAGUUCAGAGACCUUACGCAAUGAUAUGGCCACAACAAGACGGCAAUCCCACCAAUGUUCGAGCACGACGUGGAGCUCCCGAGACAGGAGCCUUUGGCAAGUCGACGCGACGCUCAAGAUCAAAGACAGCCACGCCAGCAAGACGCGAAGACCCAACAAUACAAUCAGCCGGCAAAGUCUUCGCCGCCUUCUUCGAGCAGCAGUCCUCACAAGGCGGAGAGCAGGCAGAGGAGCCGUCCUCAGCAACACCACGACAACGACGAGCCUCCAACGUCCAGCCCCUCAUCCCCCCAUCGACCUCAACCAAAGACCUCGCAGACGACGCCGCAGCGACAGCCGCGCCCGCGACGGCCCGCAACAUUCCCAACGUGCCCACCGAGGUCAUCCUCCGCGGCUUCAAGCACACCGACCAGCAGUACGCGGCCAUCAACCACUACGAGCAGAUCGCGGGCCGCAUCUGCGAGGACUACCCUCGCGACCCGCCCUUCGAGAUCCGGCGGUACAAGUCCGAGCUGCGCGACCCGGCCUUCUCGCGGCGGCGCGGUCUGACGGCGGAGGAGCGCGCCAAGGUGAACCGGGCGGACGGCGGCUCGCACUGGGUCAAGGUGACGUUCGAGUCGAGCCAGGCGGCCGAGGCGGCGCUGUUCUCGAGCCCCCAGGCCAUCCUGGGCCACCUGGUCUACGCGGAGCCGUACCGCGGGCUGCCGCCCUUGCGCGACGAGCCCGUCCCCGACGCCACGACCGCGGCGCUGGGCGACGAGGUUCCCGCGGGCUGGAGGCGCCCGGGCCACGGCGGCAACAGGACGGCGGGCGAGCUGCGGAGCACCUUCCCCGGAGGCGGGCUGCCGGGCGAGGUCGUCGCGGCCGACGACGCAAUGGACAUGGACAUGUCGCCGCCGCAGUCGCAGGCCAGCAGCCGUACCGUCGAGAGUGGCACCGUCAACGGCUCGUCGUUGACAUCCAACAACACGCUGACGGCGCAGGAUCAGCUUCAGGUGGCAGCAGCGGCACCAGCCGCCCCCGAGAACAGCGUGUAUUGUAGGAGGAUACCGACUGCGCGGAAGGUGGUGCUCCUGCCGGCCGAGCAGGCGCUUCUGCCGCAGCAGUCGUACGCCCAGAGGCUGCUGACUCGCAUCCCCUUCAUCAAGUGGUUCAGCGGGUCUAUGAUCGGGAACGAGGUGCCGCGGACGCAGGAGGGCGAGUUCGACUGGGUUAAUGCGUCACUGUACUGGAAGCUCAUCUGCUGGCUGGACCUGGUGUUCCGGCUGUUUGGUGGGGAGAUCGUUUCCCCUGACAAGGAUGAUUGA